GAUUUGUACCUGCCCGACCUCAUUUGCUGCAUCUGCAAACAAAGGAGUCCAAAAGAGGAGGAAUUCUUUAACUUCAGCUGUGUGGGCUAAGAAUAAAGCCAGUUACCUAGAUCAUCGCAUGCGGUAAACAAGUGAGCUGGAGCCUCCCGGUCGAUAUGCAACAGGUCCCCAACCUGAGAGCAACAACGUGACUCGAAGCAAGCCGAAGGGGUCCUUACCUGGUAAGGGGAAAACCUCCCCGAGGCAGCGCUGCCAACCCCGGCCCCGGGCAUCGGCCGAACCGUGGUGGCACAUCAAAAGAGGACCAACCGGAGUUCGUGGGGUGGCUUGCCCCGAGACGGCUCCAACUCGCCCAAACAACUUCCAUCCCGCCGCCUAUUUAUGGGAGGUGGGUGAUCCAGGACGAGCAGCCCCGCUUUAUAAGCAGGCUAGGUGGGCAAACGCGGGGAAUCUCUCUCGCCCAUUAGGAUCACGUAAGAACUCAAAGGGGAGCGUGUCUCUGAGCUAAGGCGUGUGCGUAAACCUAUAGGGUUUGGGGGUUUUUUUGUUUUUUUUUUUUUAAAAAAAAAAACGCCGCCAGUUGCUUUGUCUUCUGUACUCAUCAAGGUGGUUGAGAGUUUGUGCUUGCGGAUAUUGCAAAGGGUUAUUAGAUUCAUAAGUCACACCAAGUGGUGGGCGAUCCACUAAGCAGAGCAGAAGUUCUCGCAUGAUGACUUCAAACAAGACACAUUACCUUCCAGCAUCUGUUGAGGAGACGGGAUUUUAAGACACUUCUGUCUCUAGGACAGCAAAGAGACAAUGUUCCACCAGGUGAGAAGAGUGAUGACCAUCUUUUUCCUUACUAUGGUUAUAUCAUACUUCAGUUGCAUGAAGGCUGCCCCAAUGAAAGAAGCCAGUGUCAGAGGGAAAGGCAGUUUAGCCUACCCUGGUCUUCGGACCCACGGGACCUUGGAGGGCCUCAGCGGUCCCCAGCCUGGGUCGAGAGGACUGACGUCGUUGGCCAACACUUUUGAACAUGUGAUCGAGGAGCUCCUGGACGAGGAGCAGAGCGUCCAGCCGAGUGAGGAGAACAAAGAUGCAGACUUGUAUACGUCUCGGGUGAUGCUAAGCAGUCAAGUGCCUUUGGAGCCCCCGCUGCUCUUUCUGCUUGAGGAGUACAAAAAUUACUUGGAUGCGGCCAACAUGUCCAUGAGAGUCCGACGCCACUCUGACCCCGCCCGCCGUGGGGAGCUGAGCGUGUGUGACAGUAUCAGCGAGUGGGUCACGGCAGCGGACAAGAAGACGGCUGUGGACAUGUCGGGUGGAACGGUCACGGUUCUCGAAAAAGUUCCGGUCCCCAAAGGCCAACUGAAGCAAUACUUCUACGAGACUAAGUGCAACCCAAUGGGCUAUACAAAAGAGGGUUGUCGGGGCAUAGACAAGAGGCACUGGAAUUCCCAGUGCCGAACUACCCAGUCCUACGUACGGGCCCUCACGAUGGAUAAUAAAAAAAGAGUUGGCUGGCGGUUCAUAAGAAUAGACACUUCCUGUGUAUGUACAUUGACCAUUAAAAGGGGAAGAUAGUGGAUUUAUGUUGUAUAGAUUAUAUUGAGACAAAAAUUAUCUAUUUGUAUAUAUACAUUACAGGGUAAAUUAUUCAGUAAGAAAAAAAUAAUUUUAUGGACUGCAUGUAUAAAUGAAGUUUAUACAGUACAGUGGUUCUACAAUCUAUUUAUUGAACAUAUCCAUGACCUGAAGGGAAAUAGUCAUUUGCGCACAACUUAAAAAAAAAACAACAAAAUAAGUCUGCAUUACAUUCCUCGAUAACAUUGUGGUUUGUUGCCGUUGCCAAGAAUUGAAAACGUAAAAAGUUGAAAAAAAAAUAAAUUGCAUGCUGCUUCAAUUGUGAAUUGAUGAAUAAACUGUCCUCUUUUCAGAAAAAAAAUUUGAACCAAACAUUCCGUUUACAUUUUAGACAGUAAGUAUCUUUAUUCCUGUUAGUAUUAUAUCUGUUUUACUGCUUUUAACUUCUGAUAGCAUUGGAAUUAAAACAAUGUCAAGGUGCUGUUGUCCUAGCUUUCCUGUUUUCUUUUUCUUUUCUUUUUUUUUCUUUUUUUUUUAAUUCCCAUAAAUUUAAAAGGUGGUAGGG